AUGUUCCACAUCAAUCGUGGCAAUACAUAUGGUUGCAUCACACAGUGGGCGGCCAAAAGUUUCGAGGAUCAUGUUGGUUGGCGAUGCCCGAAUUGCCAGAAUAUCACGCUUGAAAUCCCGCGAGGCUACAAAUGCUUCUGUGGCAAAACAGUGAAUCCACCAACCCAGAGAUUUCCCGAUAUGCCACACUCUUGCAAUAGUACUUGUGGAAAGAGUCGUGGUCCCGGAUGUACUCAUCCAUGCACUGAACAGUGCCAUCCUGGACCAUGUCCUGAAUGCCCGGUGAUGACCACACGUCAGUGUAAUUGUGGUCGAGAGAAAUUUGCGAUUCGUUGCGGCAAAGAAAUGGAGUUCAAGUGCACACAAGUAUGCGACAAAACCCUCAACUGUGGCUUGCAUAAAUGCGAGAUCGUUUGUCACAAAGGCGAUUGCAUUCCAUGUUUGCGAGUUAUUAAUCAAACAUGCUACUGUGGCGCGGCGGAACGCAUCGUACCGUGUACGGCUGAUAACUUGAAGAAUGAAUCGUUCAACUGUAUGGCUCCAUGCAAUGGCAUGUAUGCUUGCGGUAUUCAUAAAUGUGAACGCGGAUGCCAUCCGAAGCAAGGCAACGAUGAUUGCGGUGUGUGUAAGCUGUCACCGGAGAAAAAGCUGCACUGUCCAUGUGGUCGAACACUUAUCACGGAGUUACCGGUGAAACCACGAACCGCUUGCACCGAUCCGGUGCCCACAUGCAAUAAUCCAUGCAACAAAGUGCUUCCAUGUGGUACUCGAGAACGACCACAUCGCUGUAUGGAAAAAUGCCACCUAGGAGCAUGUCCACCAUGCCCAUUGAACAGUUGUAUUGUAUGUCGAUGCGGUGCCGUGAAGAACACCAUACCGUGCAAAAAGUUUAUGGAAUAUUCAGCGGAGAAUCCAUAUCUUUGUACACGACGCUGCAAAAAGAUGAAAUCCUGCCAAAAUCAUCGUUGCCAGGCUGUCUGUUGUGUUGACAGGGAACAUCUGUGCAUGCAGCUCCAGAACUAUGCGCAAUUAUUCGGCUCCAGGACUUGA